AUGCAACUUCAGUUCAAAGAAACUAAGUCAUUGCUUCAAAAGGAGCGCGAGGCUGCAAAAAGAGAAGCAGAGAGAGUGCUUGUCAUACAGGAGACCUUGGUGACUUCAUUGGAAAAGAAAAUUGAUGAAACAGAGAAAAGGUAUGUAGAGGCAAAUAAACUUAGUGAAGAAAGUUUGAAGCAAGCUUUGGAUGCUGAGUCGAAAAUAAUCCAGUUGAAAACUUCUAUGCGAAGAAAAUUAAGGAGAUCAUACAUUGAACGUCAACAUGAAAAUGGUGAUUCCCUUAUCAAUUGUGUUAUGAAAAAUAUUGGAUUCCAUCAUGGAAAGCCUAUUUCUGCAUCCACCAUUUACAAAUGUCUUCUCCACUGGAAAUCGUUUGAAGCUGAAUGGACAAGUGUAUUUGAUCGCCUUAUCCACAUGAUUGGUUCUGCAAUUGAGAAUCAAGACGACAGUGAUCUCAUGGCUUACUGGCUGUCAAAUACAUCUGCACUAUUGUUUCUGCUCCCACAAAGUUUAAAAUCCGGUGGUUCAAAUGACGCAACCCCCGUUAGAAAACCACCAAAUCCAACAUCCCUCUUUGGCAGAAUGACUAUGGGUUUUCGGUCAUCUCCUUCGUCUGCCAACCUUCCUACCCCAUCGGAGGUUGUACGCAAAGUAAAGGCUAAGUAUCCUGCUUUGCUUUUCAAGCAUCAACUCACAUCCUAUGUGGUAUCUCAUAUCUUGUGGGACAACUUGAAGAAAGAGUUGGCAUCAUUUAUUUUGUUAUGUAUCCAGGCACCAAGAACAUCUAAGGGAGUCUUAAGAUCUGGCCAAUCUUUUAGUGCCUCCUGUCCUUGUCCAAAAGAUCUUCUCUCAAACAUUUUCAUAUAUUAAUGUUCAAUUCUUCAACAGUCUUCUUCUGCGGCGUGAUUGUUACCCAUUCAGUAAUGGAGAAUAUGUGAAGGCUGGUUUAGCAGAAUUGGAGCUGUGGUGCUGCCAAGAAAGGAUGAGUAUGCUGGGACAUCUUGGAGACUAAUCCGUUGAGCCAGGUAGAACCACAAUAGGUAGCAAAACUAUCCCUCAAGAGUGUUAACAUUGAGCCAUUCCGAGGGCUGAAUUCGAAAUCCAUGACCUCUUUGGACUCAAGCCUUAGUCUGUUUUCUUAUAUUGGGACUCAAUUCCUCUAUUCUCUCUUUGUAACUAUGAUAUUCUGAUUAGUGACUUGGUUUGGAGAAUUAUGCUACUAUUAUUUCUUUAUUCUUGGUUUUUUUACAACUACUUGUAAUAGUGUAAUUUUGCUGUACAUGUCUGAUGUUCACAGGGUUACAUAGAUUUAUUGUAUUUCAUAAGUGUGUCCUUUUUCAAUCGCACUGCAACAUGUUAAUUUUGUUGUCUGAAGUGGAGAAAUUGGAGAUAAGUGCCUUUGCGAUAAUUUUUCUUUCUCUGUUAUAUAUUGUCAACUGUCGGUGGGUUUACUUUGGCAACUGAACUUAGAUUUGAACAUUUCUGUAAUCAUGAUUCUUGAUUCUUCUCUGCAAGCUUGGUGGAGAUUAUCAGUAUUCAUCGUUGGAAUAUAAUUGGUCAUUUUUUUAUAUGUAUUUGUUUUCGAAUAAUUGUUCUUAGAUUGUGUACAAGCUGGUGUUGAAGUUUAUGUGUUUCAAUAUGCAGAACCUGAGUACAAUAUUAUGGAAUAACUUUUUGCCCUUCCUGAGAUGAAGAACUUUGGACGAAUUGGUAAUGAACUUUGGACGAAUUGGUAAUGACGUAGGUGUUAUUUGUCUAAUGAUUUGGUCGUUGGAUAGGUUUUCUAUAUAGUCUUCUUUUACAGGUUUGAGUGGUUUCAAUUGUUAUUAAUGAUUUAGAUGAUGAUGAUACUCCUAUAAAGAUAUCAUUUUGGUUAAAGUGGUCUAGGACACUUCUGUGUUAGGAGGAAUCCAAAAUCUUGUCACAUAUCAUGUGCAGGAUUUAAUUUGGUUAUCUCUUCUAAGUCUCUUUAUGUUUCAGUCUAUGUUUGAUACUCAGCAUCUACUUUUGUCAGUUUCGUUGAGUUGAGUUUUCUGUGUGGGUGAAACAGGGGAGAUAACCAGUAAAUGUGUGGGGUGCCCGUGGAACCUGAGGCAGGCAGAGGUUCUCAUACUUUUUUGUGCUUUAGGAAUGUCAGUAUGAAACAUUUAAGAUUUCUAGAUUUCAUCUUUUUAUCCCUCUCCAUUCCCUAAAGAUGAGGAAUUAUGGACAGCUAGCUAGAUGGCAAAAUAACGUUUUUCAUAGCGUAGAGGCUCGAGUUUUGAUUUUGGUGAUCACCGGUAAAUUCUUUUUGUUUAAGUAUUUCUUUAUUGAUUUUGAGUGUAUAUUUCUUUAUUUGUUAUUUUUCUCUUUGGUGUUUCUAGGAGGAGAUGUAAUAUAUGUACACACAAGUCCUUCUGGUUCUAUCCUCCUCCUGUUUUCUCACUCUUUUUUCCUUGGUUACUUUGGUAUAUGUUGAGGUUUGAUUUGCUUCUUGCUGGCUUAUAUCUUGGAGUUUGUUGUUCUUAUUUUAAUGAUCACUGCUACUAAUAAUUUGUACCAAUUGUUCUUCCAAU